UUGAAAGUUCAUUUGUUUAUAACACAACUGGUCAUGGCCGACGGAUCCAUGUCAAAAUUACCGUAGUUAGUUAUUUUACAAAGCAAACCACCAAAUUCAAUGUGAUCAAAUUUUUGUGUUACAAACUCAAACAAUAAGGAAAUAACUCCACACAAUGUCCAAAAAACCGUUGGGCCCCGGCCCGGGCGCCUACCAGCUGCCGACGACGGUGGGCUUCACGCAGCACGACCCGUCGCGCUACCGCAACCCCAUGUACUCGUUCGGCACGAACGCCGGCUACCGCGUGAAGGGGCUCGGCCCGGGGCCCGCGUACCGCAUCGAGCGCGUGACCCGCGACGGCCUCAUGUCGUCGCCGGCGUGGAGCUUCGGCGCGCGCUUCGCCACGCGCUCGACGCUGCGCACGCCGGGGCCCGGCGCGCACGCGCCCGAGCGCUGCCCGCCCAUGCGCGAGCCACGCGCUCCCGUCUACUCCAUGGGCGCGCGCCUGGGCUUCGGCCUCAAGCGCGUGGGGCCCGCGCCCAACGCCUACGCGCUGCGCCUGGGGCCCGGCACGCCCGCCUACACCAUGGGCGCGCGCGUCGGCUUCAUGCCCAAGGCCAAGUCGCCCGGGCCCGCCGUCUACUUCCAGCGCGACACCAACGUCUACAAGUGCAAGCAGCCGGUGUUCUCGCUGGGCGCACGGCUAGAGGGCGCCGGCAAGGCCACGCGCACACCGGGCCCCGCCGCCUACCCGCCCAACCUCUACAACACUAAGAAGAACCCGUACUCGUACUCGUUCGGCACGAAACACGGCGACUACGCGCCGCCCAUGAUCAUCAAGGAGGACACGAUGGACUGCCUGUAGCGAGCCCGCAGUCCGCAGCUAUUGGCUACUAAGUCGACAACAAUGAUUUACAUCAACUUGGUGAAAUUGUUUGACUAUAUUGGAAGCCAGUGCUGCCAUCUGCCGUAGCAGACGCGCCGCCCACAUCACGGUACACUGCUGCACUUGUGAGUGAUGUCAAUGUAUACGUCCAAACGUUUACGCCAAAAAAAUCGUAUGGUCCAGUCCACGUGCUGUUGCUGGUGUCGUGUUGUAUCGCGUGACCUCCGCACGUCGCGGAGUGCAACUAGUCCAGUUUUGUAAUCGAAUUGAUUUUAAAAUUCGAGUGUGUUUUUAUCAUCUGCGGUUGAUAUUGUUUUAGCUAUUUUUGUAUUCUAAUGCUGUUUAUGAAAGUUAUUAAUUGUAAAUCAUGUUGUAGUUUCUUACAUUGUCUACAAAUUUUCUAGCCUUGUAAAUUGUUUUGUGAACAGUUUUGAUUUGUAAUCUUGUCAAUUAAUAUAAAUCAUAUUUUUGAAAA